ACUGGCUUCAUCUCUUCAAUCCGAUGUUUGGCCGCUCUAAGCCCUGUAACGAGAAGGUGAUGCCAGCUGGACCCACGCUCCUUCCAGGGCCCCUGGCAGCCAGGACCCAGCGGAGACCACAGCUCUAAGCCCCCGUGGCCCUGGCCUGCAGCUCUGUCUCAGCUGUGUCCCUCUAGGAGGACCUCCCUCAACAAUGACCUCCUCACUGCUCCUGGCCUUCCUGUUCCUGACCCCCACUGCCGGGGCCACUCCCAGAGCUGCCAGUCCCUGUCCAGCAUGUGGGGGGCCCACCGUGGACCUGGAGAAUCACCGAGAACUGCUUCUUGAGCUGGCCAAGAGAAGCAUCUUAGACAAGCUGCACCUCAGCCAGCGCCCCACCCUGAGCCGGCCGGUGCCCAGAGCCGCUCUGAAGACGGCACUGCAGCGCCUCCCCGGGCCCCCACAGUGGCUGCUGCGUGAGGCUGACAGGGGGCAGGAAUAUGAAAUCAUCAGCUUUGCUGAGACAGGCCUCUCCGACAUCAACCAGACUCGUCUUGAUUUCCACUUCUCUGAGAGAAGUGCUGGGGGCAUGGAGGUCCAGCAGGCCAGCCUCACGUUCUUCGUGCAGCUCCCUCCCAACACCACCCAGACUUCGACGGUCAAGGUCCUGGUCCUAGGCUCACGUGACACAAACCUCACCUUGGCCUCUCACCACCUGCUAGAAGUGCACACCAGUGGUUGGCACCAGCUCCUCCUGGGACCCGAAGCCCAGGCUGCCUGCAGUCAGGGCCACCUGACCCUGGCGCUGGUACCUGAGAACCAGGUAGCCCAAGGUCCGGUCAUCCUGGGGGGUGCUUCCCGCAGGCCCUUUGUGGCGGCUCAGGUGAGAGAUGGGGGCAAGCACCGGGUGCGCCGGCGGGGCAUCGACUGCCAGAGUGGGUCCAGGAUGUGCUGCCGACAAGAGUUCUUUGUAGACUUCCGUGAGAUCGGCUGGCAUGACUGGAUCAUCCAGCCCGAGGGCUACGCCAUGAACUUCUGCACGGGGCAAUGCCCGCUGCACGUGGCGGGCAUGCCUGGCAUCGCUGCGUCCUUCCACACGGCAGUGCUCAGCCUUCUCAAGGCCAACACAGCAGGAGGCACUGCUGCAGGGGGGUCCUGCUGCGUGCCUACAGCCCGGCGCCCGCUGUCUCUGCUCUACUACGACAGGGACAGCAACAUUGUCAAGACCGACAUCCCAGACAUGGUGGUGGAGGCCUGUGGGUGCAAUGCUGACUGACUGCCGGGCCUGCCUGCUCCCACUCUCCUCACACAGGCGCCUCAAGCAGCUAUUAUGUCUGUCCCAGGCCUCUUCCCUCCCGGCUGCCUCUUCUUUCUUAGGCCCCCUGGACCCGCCUCAACCAUCUUCGCUGGACUCGACUAAUAAAGACCUGAGUUUUACCUGCU